GAGUCGGAUCUCUCUCUCUCUUUUUCUGGUGUCGCCGUGAGAAACCGGCUCCGUUUUCUUUGAAGACCAACCCAAAAAAUAAAGAGGGAUCACACUCCAAGGAGAGAAAACUUCUAGAGAAACAUUUUCUAGACCGGGGGGGGGGGAAGACAACGCGCUUGGGCGGGGGGCAGUGAUCAAAAACCAACUGCGUAAGCGAGAAGAGACGGUGCAGCAGGACUGAGGAGCCGCGAUGGACCCCAGAGACACUGCCCCUGAUUCCUGGGAACAGGAGGACGAUGUGGAGGCCCCGGCCGAGGAGCAGCUCCGGGCGGCUUUCACCGGGCUCAACGUGAACGCCAAGCCGUUCGUCCCCAACGUCCACGCCGCCGAGUUCGUCCCGGCCUUCCUGCAGACUGGGCCUUCCGACAGCCCCGACGUCGCCGGUACUGAUACAGUCACCAGCAUGGAAGUUUCAGACUCUGUUGGAAAUCCUCAUCGCAUGCCUCUGACAGCUGAGGGCCGCUCAGUUUCCCUUGCUGCGCCGGUGGAGAACGGAGAGGCAGACAUGACCGCGGAGGAGUCGUGGGAGCAGAAAGGGGAGCCCAGUGAAGCGGAGCCGGGAGGCGGCCCCUCAGGGGACGGGGGUCCCGCCGAGGAGCCCCCACAGGAGAUGAUGAUGGAGGAGGAGGAAGAGGUGCCAACACCCAAAGUCGUCCUUGCCCCGCCGGACGCCCCAAAGAAGGAGCAUGUGAACGUGGUUUUCAUCGGGCACGUCGAUGCUGGCAAAUCCACAAUCGGAGGACAGAUCAUGUAUUUAACGGGGAUGGUGGACAAGCGAACCCUGGAGAAAUAUGAAAGAGAAGCAAAAGAAAAGAACAGAGAGACCUGGUAUCUUUCCUGGGCUCUGGACACGAACCAAGAGGAGAGGGACAAGGGCAAAACCGUGGAGGUCGGGCGCGCCUACUUUGAAACGGAAAAAAAGCACUUUACCAUCCUGGACGCCCCAGGCCACAAAAGCUUUGUCCCCAACAUGAUCGGCGGGGCAUCGCAAGCGGACUUGGCCGUGCUGGUGAUCUCUGCCAGGAAAGGAGAGUUUGAGACGGGGUUCGAGAAGGGCGGCCAGACGCGAGAGCAUGCCAUGCUGGCCAAGACGGCAGGGGUGAAGCACCUGAUCGUCCUCAUCAACAAGAUGGACGACCCGACGGUGAACUGGAGCCUGGAGAGGUACGAGGAAUGUAAAGAGAAACUAGUGCCAUUUUUGAAGAAGGUCGGGUUCAACCCCAAAAAAGAUAUUCACUUCAUGCCCUGCUCUGGACUCACGGGGGCCAACCUCAAGGAACCUGCGGACCUGUGCUCCUGGUACACAGGGUUACCGUUCAUCGCGCACCUGGACAGUCUGCCAAACUUCAACAGAUCCAGCGACGGGCCGGUCAGAUUACCGAUUGUCGACAAGUACAAGGAUAUGGGCACUGUGAUCCUGGGCAAGCUGGAGUCUGGGUCUAUCUGCAAAGCACAGCAGCUUGUGAUGAUGCCAAACAAGCACACCGUGGAGGUCCUCAGCCUGCUCUCGGACGAUGUGGAGACGGAGUUCGCCGGGCCCGGGGAGAACCUGAAGCUGAGGCUGAAGGGCAUCGAGGAGGAGGAGAUCCUGCCCGGCUUCAUCCUUUGUAACGCCGAGAACCUCUGCCACUCCGGGCGCACUUUCGACGCUCAGAUUGUCAUCAUCGAACACAAAUCCAUCAUCUGCCCUGGUUACAACGCAGUCCUGCACAUCCACACCUGCAUUGAAGAAGUCCAAAUUACAGCCUUAAUCUGCCUGGUAGACAAAAAGUCUGGCGAGAAAAGCAAGACGCGACCUCGUUUUGUGAAACAAGACCAAGUGUGCAUCGCCCGCCUGCGGACCGCGGGCACCAUCUGCCUUGAGACCUUCAAAGAUUUCCCUCAGAUGGGACGCUUCACCUUACGGGAUGAAGGCAAGACCAUCGCCAUUGGCAAGGUUUUGAAGCUGGUACCAGAGAAGGACUAAAGGGGGCGCUGUGGUUGCCUGGCGUAGUUGACUGUGAUGGAAGUGGACUCGGCAGCAGCCUGCUUCUCACCACCUUCUCCUCUGCCCCUCCUGCCCGCCGCAGACGAGUUCACAACACGAAACGUCUCUGAAAGUGAAAGAUAAAUCAGUUUUUUAAAAAAAUAAAGAGUCCACAUAUGUCAGCUUUCUCAUAUUGAGAGCUCAGCUAUGCCAUUUGUUAGUCCCCUCCCUUCCCUGUUUUAAGAUUGUCAUUGAAUGAAACUUAAUAAAAGAAAGAUCAGAAUUUCUCUUCCAACUUUUUUGACUUCCUUCAGAGAGAAAGUGGCAGCAGCUGCCAGAACAGGUGUGGACUGAGCUGCUUGGAUUAGAAAGGAAAAAAAAAACACAAAUUUACAACACUUCGAAACCAAAAUAAUGUUCAUAUCCUGGUUGUACAUGUCUCCCUUUGCUUAUAUCAAGAUGGGUUUCUCUACACAAGGAGUUCGUACAGCAUGUGCGAGCGUGAUCACAUGUUAUUAAAGCGACUACAGUGACAAUAAAAUAUUAAGUUUAAAAAAAACA